UGAGGCUGAGGUUGAGGGAGAUAAGGACAGUGAGGUUUAUUAGGACGAUGCAGAAGAUAUGGAUGAUGAGGUUUAUGAGGUUGAUGAGGAUAAGCACAAUGAUGAAGGUGAUGAGAAGUAGGUGACGGUUGAGGAUGAACAUGAUUCACAUGAUCAUAUACAUGGGAAUAAGGAAGAUUAUGAGGAUAAUCUUAUUCAGGUGGGUGAUUAAUGAACAUGAUGAGCUUGAGAAUGAGGAUGAUGAUGAUGAUGAUGGUGUAAGUAAGGCUCAGGUAAGGAGAAUGAUGAGGAUAAAGAUGAUGAGGCUGAUGGCCAACGAUGAGAAUAAGGAGGAUUAUGAGGACAAUGAACAUGAUGCUAAGGCUGAGGAGGAUACGGAUAAUGAAGUUCAUGAGGCUGAAGGAGGCAAUAAUAUGAAUGAGGAGGUUGAUGACUAGUAUGGUAAGGUAAAGGAUGAUUACGAUAAUGAGUAAAAGGAUGAUUAAGUUGAUGAGGAUAAUGUGAUUAAGAUAAUGAGGCUGUGGAUGAAGAUGUUGAGGAGGAUGAGGUUGAUGAGGAUAAUGAAGCUGUGGAUGAAGAUGUUGAUGAGGAUAAUGAGGCUGUGGAUGAAGAUGUUGAGGAAGAUGAGGUUGAUGAGGAUAAUGAGGCUAUGGAUAAAGAUGAUGAGGUUGUUGAGGUUGAUGAGGCUGGGAAUGAAGAUGAGGAGGUUGAUGAGAAUAAUAAGGCUGUGGAUGAAGAUGUUGAGGAGGAUGAGGUUGAUGAGGAUAAUGAGGCUGUGUAUGAAGAUGUUGAGGAGAAUGAGGUUGAUGAGUGUAAUGAGGCUGUGGAUGAAGAUGAUGAGGUUGAUGAGGAUAAUGAGGCUGUGGAUGAAGAUGUUGAGGAUGAUGAGGUUGAUGAGGCUGUGGAUGAAGAUGUUGAGGAGGAUGAGGUUGAUGAGGAUAAUGAGGCUGUGGAUGAAGAUGUUGAGGAGAAUGAGGUUGAUGAGUGUAAUGAGGCUGUGGAUGAAGAUGAUGAGGUUGAUGAGGAUAAUGAGGCUGUGGAUGAAGAUGUUGAGGAGAAUGAGGUUGGUGAGUGUAAUGAGGCUGUGGAUGAAGAUGAUGAGGUUGAUGAGGAUAAUGAGGCUGUGGAUGAAGAUGUUGAGGAGAAUGAGGUUGAUGAGUGUAAUGAGGCUGUGGAUGAAGAUGAUGAGGUUGAUGAGGAUAAUGAGGCUGUGGAUAAAGAUGUUGAGGAGCAUGAGGUUGAUGAGUGUAAUGAGGCUGUGGAUGAAGAUGAUGAGGAUCAGGAUGAUGCGGUUGAUGAGAAGGGCUAUGAUCUAUGAGUAUGCUAACGCAGAGGAGGAUGUUGAGAUUGAGGACAGGGAACGUUAUAUGAAUGAUAUAACUGAGGAUGAUGCUGAGAAGGAUAAAGAUGAAGGUGAGGAUGGUAGCCAUGUGUUAGACAAUGCUGAGAUACUUUACCGUCUUUGGUUCAUGGCCAGUUGCUGCUGCAUUCACUGGCUGUUUUAUACAGGGCUCUUUACCCACAAUCCUUCUUGCCAUCAUGUUUUAACAUCUUUGGCUAAUGUCCAGCACCUUUACUUAUCCACAGACGCUGUGCAAGAGAUAACCGAAUCAGUACAAACGUCCAGGUUGGCUCCAGUGAACCUGCAGUCCGUGUACAGCCAUGAAAUAUUACAAAUAAACAGAAAUGCAAUGCUUUCUUUUCAGGAAUGUUUGAGGAAGAGACAGUGCAUUAUUAAAGACAAGGUCUAAGAAGAGUAAACCUCUAGACAUUUCACCUCUCUCUCUCUCUCUCUCUCUCUCUCUCUCUCUCUCUCUCUGAUGUAUGUCUUCCCUUGUCCCCUUAA